GUUAGUCAAGGAUGCGCAUUGUCGCAUGGGCCCUCACUAUGAAAACUUCACGCAAUUGAAUUUGACCGGGUCACAACAAGGGAGUCCAUUGUUGACAACUUAACCACUCCUUCCUCAUCUUACAACCCUCAAUUCAUAUCCAGCAAAUAUGGAGUCCAGUACGGCAAAACGACGAAAGUUGGAACAUACAAAUGGCGGACCAUCAUUCGAUGCCGCCAGUUCUUCUGCCACGGCCAUGGGCGCUGCCGGCGCAAGCGCUUUCGUCUUAGAGACUGAAGAGCUUCUGAAGGAGGUGAAGCUAGAUUAUAGUAAACAUUCUGCGAACGUCGAAGACACUUUGAGACAAUUCAAAGAUGUUAUUGAAGCUUCAGAACCCCACGAUCCUAUUCUUAUUGGAACUGUGACAGCCAAGCUCGAAAAGUCCAAAAAGAUUACCAUCCCUUAUCCCGAUCCAAAGCCAGCCAAAGACUCCCUAUAUAAGCUAUCGUUCGCAAAGCCAGCUCAGGUCAACGUGGUUGGAAGUUGGGUUCUCAAGACCAAUGUCAAGUCUCAGACCGACUUGGCUGUCGAUAUGAUUGUCGUCAUGCCCGAGUCCAUCUUCCAGGAAAAAGACUACCUGAAUAUGAGAUACUUUUACAAGCGGGCAUACUACCUAGCCUACAUCACCGCGAAUCUUCGCAAAAGUUUGGGUGCUGCUAUGGAAUUCUCCUUCGACCAUUUAAGCGGGAACUUGUUGUUGCCGAUACUUGUCGCUCGGCCGAAGAGCGGCUCAGAUUCGAAAAAGACUUCAAGCAGCGCAGAGUCCCUGACGAAAGCAACUCCAUCGAUACGCAUAAUCCCAUGUGCUCCGGAAGGAUACUUCCCAGCAAAUAAGUUGGCUGCCAUAAGUAACGCUAUCCGGCAGGGCAAAUCAGAGGAGGCCGAUGACUCCAAGACACCCACGCCUUUCUAUAACAACACACUCAAGGCCGAGAGUCAAUUCUCAUCUUACUUGCGAGUACUCCACCAAGCCACAAAAUCAUGUGGUGCUUUCAGGGAUGCGUGUGUUCUCGGUCGUAUAUGGUUACAGCAACGAGGACUCAAUGGCAGUCUCCUCGGUGGGGGAUUUGGUCAUUUCGAAUGGGCCGUCUUGGUAGCUCUGCUGUUGCAGGGUGGUGGCCGAAAAGGGGAAGCGGUGCUGUCACCUUCGCUGCAUAGCACUCAGUUGUUCAAAGCGACACUACAGUACAUUGUUUCGGCAAAUCUGCAGAAGAAACUCCUCGUCAUUGGCAAAGACGCUCCAAACUCGGAUACACUUCGUCAAACCCUACCAGUCCUUUACGAUGCAGCCCGUGGAAUCAAUGUUCUCUACAAGAUGACUCCAUGGUCUGUUGCCAUGCUGACAGAACACGCCAAAUGGUCACUCUCGGCAAUAAAUGACAGCCCGCUCGAUCAAUUUGAGCCCUUAUUCAUCGCCAAGGCUAAUCAGCCCCUACACAUGUUCGAUAUGCUAUUAAGCGUCAAUCUCCCCUCCUCAAAAGAAGGAUUCGAGUCAGCCGAUCGCAGAGGAUUCGUUUGGGAGUUCACUUCUAGGCUAUAUACCACGUUGAAAACAGCCCUUGGCGAGCGAGCGCAACUGAUUCACAUCGAUGUACCAGAGUCAGGGGCAUGGCCGAUUACAAGCACAUCACCGAAGAUCAAGGGGAAGUCUCUCCUGGUUGGGAUCGUUGUGGAUCCCCUCAAGGCAUCCCAGGGUCGUGAAUACGGCCCUCCCUACGAGCAGAAGAAGGAGGCAACCAAGUUUCGCGAAUUCUGGGGUGAAAAGGCAGACCUUUGGCAAUUCCCUGAUGGCAACAUCGUCGAGAGCCUCGACUGGACAGAGCAUGCGUACAUGGGCUUCGCGGGAAUUACCGAAGCUAUUGUACGAUACAUUCUAAAGCUUCGACUCAAGUUGGGCGAUGGUAAUCUAGAGUUUUACGGGCGAGAGGUUUCCAAGAUCAUGGCGGUAACUCCCUCGGAUAAGACAGCCUUCGACGCAGCAAAGCAGGCAUUCGAGAUUUUCGAACGAGACAUCCGAAAUCUAGAAGACCUACCUCUACACGUGAAGCAAAUAGCUCCCAUUUGUGCAGGUUUGAGACGAACGUCGUUACGGAUACCAGAAUUCAACUUUAGAAAGCCUCUACUUCGUCCUAUGGAGGUUGUGGUAUCCUUCGAAGUCUCCGGCAAGUGGCCAGAGAAUCUAGCUGCUAUUCAGAGAGCCAAGACUGCAUUCUUACUCAAGAUUGGCAGUUCAUUGGAGGAAUCGAAAGAAGAGGUCAAGACCCAUCUAGGACUGGAGAGUGCAGAUCGUGAUGACAAGAACCUGUCAUUCUUGGAUGUCAUCUACGAGAAUGGUGCAUCUUUCAGGCUUCGAGUGCAUAGCGAUCUCGAGGAGGGACUUCUCGAUAGACAGACCAAGGACGAGACAGUUGAGCGCCACGUUCGUACCGACGCGGCUGAUCUACUUGCCUCGUAUAGACGGAUGUAUACGAACCUGCCACUCCACAACCAAACCAUGUCCACAUUCUGCACGAGAUUUCCUGCACUAUCGGCUUCCAUACGCCUCACCAAGCAUUGGUUCAACUCUCACAAGCUAUCCUGCCACUUCAACGAGGAGCUCAUAGAGCUUUUCGUCCUACAAGCGUUCCUCAAGCCAUAUCCCUGGGAAACCCCUAGCAGUGCCACUACUGGAUUCCUCCGAGCACUCUUGUUACUGUCCAGAUGGGAUUGGCGUGAUGAACCCCUGAUCAUCGACCCCUCAGACUCCCUCUCCACCUCCCAACGCCUCGCAAUCGGCACUCGCCUACGCGCCUGGCGCACCAAGGUCGACCCCAACAUGAACCGCACCGUCCUAUUCGUCGCCACAUCCCACGACGUAACCGGCGUCGCCUACACGCAACACGGCCCCUCCAAAGUCGUCGCAACACGCAUGACCAGCCUCGCCCGCUCCGCCUGCAAAGUCGUCAAGGACAAGGGCGCCGACCUCAACAUCCGCGGGCUCUUCCACUCCGCCCUCCGCGACUACGACGUCCUCCUGCACCUCUCCCCCAAGGCCCUCAAGAGUGUCGCCCGCGAAGACGGCAUCACAACAAGACGCGCCUCGCAGUUCAAGAACCUCGUCGACGGCAACGAGCGCGUCGGCAAAAACGCGCUACCCUUGGUAGAACCACCGGCCAUCACGCUCCUCAAGCAGCUCAACGCCACGUACGACAGCCCGCUAUUGUUCUUCCACGGCGGCCCCGACGACGACGGUGCGAUUAUCGCGGGGCUGUGGAACCCGCUGCUGCACCAGCGCUCGUUCACGGUGCACAUGCCGUGUUCGCUGAAGUCGGCGGAGAGGCGGAGCACUGCUUCGGGGAGCACGAUUAGUGGCAAAAAGGGCGAGGGUGAGAAGGAACAGCAGUUAUUCGAGGUUAACCGAAACGCGAUAUUAGCUGAGAUCGCGAGGAUUGGCGGGGAUGUUAUUGAGAAGAUUGAGGUGGUUGAGGAUUAAAGGGGGAUGGCAUUAGAUAGGGCGGUAAGAGAUGACAUAUAUACAUGUAUAUAUAUAUAGGGGUGGCAUAUGUACGGGGUGUAGGUACAUAGGUAUAAAAUGGAUGGUUGGCUGGUCGGUGGGUUCACCUGGGUAGGGUGGUUAGUAGAUUUACAUAAAUGCAUGAGCCGGGAACGAAGAUAAACAUAACUAAUGUUAGUUCAAAAGUUGAUCUUGCUUUUUUUUUUUCUCUCUCUCUCU